AUCCGGUUAACCGACUGGGCCAUUUCACACAAUGAGGUCCAUCGUCGCCGUGCACGUGGUGCUAUUGAUAAGCUUUAUUUUCCUAGUGUGUGGAAGCAACGCCGAGAGCAGCAAGAGCAGCAGCCACAAGCAUAGACCAAAAAGAUAUGAUGAGGACGAGCACACAGAACAGGUUUACUAUGUUGACCAAAUAGCAUCUGAUUCUGAGAUAUCUCCCUGGACGUCGAAUCGUAUUGUCGCCAAAACUACUGAAAAUGGUAAACAGUCCCAGUACAUAAUCAACGUCUCCCCAGAUGAUGAGGUCAUCAUCCACCAAGGGGGCGCAAACGACCGCACGUCCGGCCACGAACCGGACCAGGACCAAACGCCGCAGGAUUUCGUCCAGCAGGCACUUCGUCUUCGCGACCAAUUCAAGAAGACAAGUUCGGGUGCGAAGGCGUCUACCCCGCUGCCGGCCAGUUCGUUCGUGGAGUACACCACGGUCAAGUACGAUCAUUUCGGCCCAAGCAGAACGCCUCCGUCAGUUGCACCAGCUCACCACAGCAAACCUGUUCAGGUGAAGGCUCCUCCUCCGACGCCGCCGCCGCCGCCACAAGCACCGGCACAAUCUUCAGCACAUCAGCCUCCAGGCAACUAUCGGCCUAAGCACAUGAAACCUCGUCCAACCAAACAACCGGUGAACACGGUUACGCCGUACAAUGACCUUGACCUUCCCGAAGCUGAACCUACCAGCCCGUACCGCAAGGAGAAACCGAAGGACCACCACAAAUCUCCAAAGCACACCCAGGUCAAGCAGCAAGAUACGGCUGCUUCUUCGCUGUAUGUCCAGAAAGUCAAGCCCAUUGAACCCGUCUUUACCAGCUACAAUACUCAUCACGAUACCGGUAGUAGCUUCAAAGAAUUUCAACAUCUACCUCUGAAGGACUCUCAUGGAUCCAGCUCGUUUGUAAGUGUUCAUAAAGUAAAAACACCAACAGAUGUGCACUCGAAGCAUACACCAAUGUACUACCAAGAUGAUGCUGAAGAAUACUACGAGAAAAAGCACAAGAAACACGUUUCUUCCGAAGAAAUCCGCCACAGACCAAAGCACAUGAAACCACGUGAAAAUUAUCCCAAAGCUGAACCUGAAAACUAUCCAGCAUAUUUCCAAGAAAAGAUUCGGCACACUGUUGAACGACAUCCUUCGAAAAAUCACAAGGAGUCCUCAUCGGAUGAUCCUUUCACCAAGUACCACUACGAGAAACCUUAUGAAUCCACAAAGAUAUCAAACAAAUAUGAACACGAAGCUAGCCCUAGCAUUGAAACCUAUCGAUACCAGCCACCAAAAAGCUACCCACCAGAGGAAAUGAGCAAAUUCAAGUUUCACAAAGAAGUCACGACAACACCAGAGCCUUACAAACCGUAUCAACAUGUUAGAAGUUAUGUCGAAGAAAAACCAAAACGUUUUGAGGUUCCGAAAGAAGAAAUUUAUCGACAUCAACCAUCUAAGCAUCAAUACUACGAAUACUCUGAUGACAAAUUAAACGUAAAAGAACCCAUAACAAAAGAAGAAUCCUAUAGACCAAUUCCUUCAAAGAUCCAUUCCGUUGAAGUGUUCAAACCAUCGCAACAGGAAGAAGUUCAUCACCAUCAAGAAAUCCUGAAGGUGGGUCCAUCUCAUUCUCCUAAAUAUUACGAAGAUCCAUCCCCAGCUCCAAGCUAUGCCAAGGUCACCACUUAUCCGACCCAAGGCAGCUCAAGCUACCAUCGGGCUCAAUCCACUGUCGAUCCGUACAAGUUCAAGCCCCAUCCUACGCCGGAAAUCUCAAUUGUUAGUCACGGUUUCCAGAAGCCGAGUGCAACCAAUUUCCCCAAAUAUAUUCCCACCAAGAUGCCAGACUUUGAGGAAUCCGGAGUUGGAUACAAAAAAGCGUACCCUUCAUCCGAUCCAAUCUCCAACUACAUUCCUUCGUCCACGCAAGAAACCUUCAGUGGGUCAUCCGAAUAUCCCAAAAUAUUUUCAAUGGCACCAACCACGUACUCUCCAAAGUAUCCCGUUUCCCCCACUCCAGAUGUUUUUGAUUUCCCCCACAUGAGCGAAUCACCAAAAUCAUUCGCCAAGUACGCGGAGCCAACCAUGUCAACCAAGGUGUACGGAACGAUCAAUCCGUCGGAACAACCUUUCAAGACUCUAAGUACGAAGAUCGUCAUGAAACCAUCACCAACCGAAAUUUCUUACAUCCAUCACAAAGAAACAACACUGCAACCUCUGCAAAACCGUACGACUAACGUGGAAUUUCAGCCAUCCCCGGCUGAGGACUCCAAGACCGAAUACUACUCCAAUCCGGAGCACACAACGUACUAUGUAUUCGCUAACGGAACCGAAGUCAAGAUUGACAAUGACCCGCUGAAAAAUCCCCCAGAGUUUCGCCUCAAUCCGGGAGAUACGUCAUACUUGGACACAAACUACACCACAAAGCUUGCCGAAGAAGUUGCGAUGAAGUACAACUGGGAUGCCGUUCCUUCGCCGACUCGCGAUGGAGAGUUUCUGGUUGGAUCUGAAUCCAUGCAAAAAGACUCAAAGCCUAUGAGAGAUUACAAAAAGAGUAAGCCGAUCGUUUACAAGAAACAACCAUUGAAAGCCAUCAAGACCGUAACCAUUUAUCGGAACACUCAUCGAUCAGCAGACGAAACUGAUAUGGAGGGCGGAUUUGAACCAUCGGACCAUUACUUCCAGCAAAAAGAGAUUCCUCAGAUCAGCGAUAAAAAAGGUGAGGUAACAGACGACGACGAGGACUUUUUCUUCGCCAACGGAGAAGUCAUUCUGCAAGACGAUCCCAGUAAGGCUUCGAAGAAGAAUGCCAUGUACCUUCCUCCGGGAAUAAACAACCAAGGCCAAAUGAUGAUUAAACUGGCUCAGCAGCAGCACCAAUUACAGCAAAUGCAGCAACUACAGAAUCAGCCGCAGUUACAGCAACAUCAACAGCAACAAAUGCAGAACCAGCAGCAGUUACAACAACACAUACAGAAUCAGCAACAAUCGCAACAACAGCAGCGACAGCAGCAGCAACAGAUGCAACAGCAGAUACAACAAAUGCAAGAGCAACAGGUUCCCGAUAUGGACAUGAGUGCCGAACCGUCCAAAAAGCAUCAAUACUUUGUACUGUACCAUAUCGAAGAUAAUAAGAAGAGACCACCCCCGCCACCACCAACUACCCAAGCUCCACCUACGCCACCACCAAUCAAGCAAGAAAUUCACUACCACUACAGCGAAAGCAACAAGGAAGAUCCGGAGGUUACGCACGAGCAUUUCAACUACCACCACGAGGAAACGGUCGAGGAUUUGGAUGACGACGUUCAGCACCACUACAUCAAACCGAAUACCAACAAGUUCAAGUAUGCACCGAAUAUUGCCCACCCGUCGUACAACAAGUACAAGGACUCGCAUGGCUCGGGCAGUGAAACCACCGUGCGGGUUGUCGAUCCAGACACGAAGAAUACAAGACCAGUGGAAAUCACCAAGCAAGAGUACAUGAGACACGUCCAGAAUGCGGUCAUGAAGUAUAUGAAGCAACUCCAGGAGGCAGGACAGCUGCCGAGUUUACACGAUCGAGAUUCCGACGAGACGCAGAAGACGUUCGAAGAGGUGGACAUAGCUGCAUUGUUGCAAGGAAAUAAUGCGAAACACAAGUUCCAGUUGAACCCCGCGCCAGUAAAGGUCAAUCUUCCUACUAAUCCUAGUCAGUAUAAACCAAUGAAGACUGUACCCAGCUCUAGCUCGUAUAAAACAACUGCUUCAAGCAUGAAAAUUCCCAAGAAUACAUACUCAGCUGGCAAACCAUUGAAGGUGGCGAUUGAGAGUCUUCAGGAACAGCUGGGAGCCAGCGUUGACUUGACGGUUAAGGGUCCCAAAGCUACGGUGAAACCUGAUUUGUCUGCCAUCGAUGUUGGGCAAUCGUACCUGCAUGGACCGACCUACGAGCCGAAUGUACCGUUGAAGAGUUCUUCCCACAACUUCGGAACUCCCUCGGUUGUGCAGAUUCCUGCUCAGAAAGCGAAAUUACACUUCAACCAACAAACGUACCACGACAUCAACUCGUUGACGAACGUUAAGGAAUCGCAAAACCUAAAGCAAUCUUCUCCGUACUCGUCAAUCAAGGGUGGAACGGCCAACGUGGGAGCAUCGAUCAGUUUCGGUGGGGGCAAGGGUCACGACGAUGAUCACAAGUUGGGGCCAGAGGCUAUGGACGCACCGAUUCAAAUCAUCAACGGAAUCCCGGUGACGAAUCCUUACAACAUUGACAUUAAUACAUUGAGGUACAUGUUGGGAGGUCUGGCUCAAGCGCAAGCUGAACAGCAGCAACAACCUCUGAAGCUGCAAGAACCUAGCCUGAAGAUAAAGGGCUCCAACUGGCUGUCGCUUCCCACGAUUGCUAGUCCUGCGCAGAUAUUCUCGUCCAAUAUGCCGACCUUCCAACAUCAGCCUUCCGAGGCUAGCAACUUCAAGUACAGCACCAACUUUGACGGCAGCAACUUCAAGAUCAAGGCUCCGUCGAAGAUCAAGGACUUCAAGAUGAAACCGCUGCUGGGUGCGGACACUAUUGGUAGCACUUCGAUGAACUACGCAUCCUGGGGUGAACCGAUUCGGCAGAAUCGACAGGUUGCUCCACAGCAGCCGCACCAUCAUCAGCAAUCACAACAACAGCAGCAGCAGCAGCAGCAACAGAUCCAACAUUCCCAUCAAUCACAGACCCGACCCAACCGGGAGUUCAACCCGGAAGCGUUCCUGCAGUACCCGCACGGACACUUUAUCAGCCCGGUAAUGAAGAAGAAGAACGCUCCCGUAGAGAACCGAAAGAUUCCGGCCAACAAACCGGCACCGCUGAACAGGCCCAAAUCGGCGACCAGCUUGGACACGAAUCUGCGGCCGCCGCCUCCGGGAUAAGGAAGGCGGAGACAUCCGACGCGCCAUGGAGGUCACGCAACGUGCAGUUCUAGUGGACUUUGGAGGUGUUGUGCAAUAUACGGAGGUUUCCGAAGCAGCUGUAAGUGAUCAUCCCUUUGUAGAUAGGACAUAUUUAGUAGUAUAUGAGAGUUAGUGUAUUAACCUUAUUUUAGAUAAGAUGUUUUUUCGGACCAAUUUUAACUCUAUCCUUUCGAGACAGCUUUUUAAUUUAUUGACAAUUUUAAAAAACCGUAGCUGUUGUAUAAACUAACAACACGACACACGCUUUCGACGACACACACAGAAUCUGGAGAAUAAAGUGGACUUUCCAAGUAU